AUGGGCUCAGUUUUCUCUUCCGCUCAGCAGCCGGAGCCCCUUGACUUCAAAUACCUUCCUGCACCUCCACCAGGCCCGAGCUGCUGGCGGCCUCCGUCAGAUGAAUACACGAGACGCACAUCUUGCUACUCGCUGGAUGGCUACCUUAUCCAUGGCUAUCCGUCAAAAGGGCCCAAAGGCGAAGCUAGAAAAAAUUCUAUAAUCGCAAAGGGAGGGGCAGACAUAGUUGAUCUGAGAUUCCUUGGAUUUGACAGAUUCGCACCACCAAAGGAACGCCUCCAGAGUCAAGCAGCAGAAGACCGGUUUUGUCGUCUACUCUUGAAAUUAGGGGCAAGGCAUUGGCGAAGUCAUCUUGCUAUAUUUAACGCCAUGGACCCGAUGAGCGAGGAAUACGAUGAUGAAAUAAAGUGGUUUUUUGCAUGGCCAGGAAUCGACGAGCAUCCAAGUGCGAGAAACCUCGAGUCUGACGAAUACAGGGAGGUAGUGGAGAAGGGUGGUGUUUGGGCUUUAGAGAUGAUACCCGAGAAAGUCUUUGAAGCUGGGAAGCUUAGGAUGUGUCUCACAAUGGAAGAAAAGGUAGAGGUGCUGAAGGAGUCGGGCGCGGUAUUCUAUCCAGACCCGAGAGACUGUCCGCCGCUCGCAGGCCUCUAUCCCGAGCAUAAUCCCUCUCUCGAGCCAUCUGUCGAGCAGGCUGUGAACAUGUAG